GGCUUCGCUAUCGGUGAUCUUAAGCGUUGUUGGUAGUGAGUGGGGUGGCUUGGUGACCACACGCCGCUAACUGGUCAGUUCUUCUUGUGUUUGUGGUUGCGUGUGCGCGUCUCAUCGGUGCUUUGGAGGCUUUAUCAAGAUGCGGAUAAUAAUAUUAUGUGCGUCGUUAGCGUUAGCGAUAGCUGGCGACGCUGACCGGCAUCCUAUUAUACCGGAUACGUCGCUGGUAUAUUCAACUUAUUUAAAGUCACCUGAAAGGUCUUUAGAUGCAAGUUCCCAAUUGAAGAUAAUUAAUCGAAGACCAAUUCAGUCCAGGCCUCCAUCGUUUACACCGAACAAAGCACAGAGUCUAUUUAACCCGGCCCCGUCAGCUGGAUCUGAUUCUUGCAGUGUAUACAAAGUAUCUAUGAACCAGGAAUUAUUCUAUCAGUACGUGGAAUAUGAAACAACACUUCCGGAUCUUAAAGAGUUUACACUUUGUAUGUGGACCAAGUUCCACAACCACUCAGAAGACCACCCCCUGUUUUCAUACUCAGUCGGAGACAGUCCAAAGGAAAUUUCAGCAUGGAUUUCGAACACCAAAGAAGCGAGUUACUUCAGUAUGGCUGUGCAUGGACAGACAUUCUUCAGACUCAAUUAUCCUUUGAAACUCAAUACGUGGUACCACGCUUGUCAAUCAUGGAAUGGAAGAACGGGCGAGUGGCAGAUUUGGGUAAACGGUGAAAGAGUUGGAAGAGGUUUCCAUAAUAGGCUUGUUGGUCACAUCAUAAAAGGCGGCGGAACUGCGAUCAGCGGCCAAGAACAAUCGCUUUUAUACAAAAAGGACGAGGCGCAACCAAUUAUAAAGCAAUCAGGUCUAAUCGGUGAGAUAACGAUGCUUCAAUUAUACCAUGUCGCUUUGACUGCUGGGAAAGCUCACCGGGAUCACAAACAUCAUCACGUACACCACUUCAAGCACGAUGGCACACCAUUCGACAGUUCUACGGAAGCUGUCACUGAACCACCACUGCCUCCAGCUACUCCUUUGGGCAACGGAAACUUUUUAAUUGGAGGUCAAUUACAAAGGCCAGCUAACCUUAACUUGGCCCAUCCUCAACAACAAAUCAUACCUGUCCAACUUCCUAACGGUCUACAGCUGCAACAGGAAUACACUAACGGACAACUAGGGAAUAGAAUUGUCUCCGAACAGUUUCUAAGCAAUAUUCAGUCUAUUCCAACUAAUCAUCUUAAUGGUAAUAUUCAAGGAGCCCACGUACCACUAGUCGGUUUGUCGGUAUCUCCAAUUGAGCAAAGUCAAAGAUAUCCUUCUAGACCUUUAGGACCAAGCAAAGGUACCAGUGUUGUUUUAUCAGGAUCACUUCUAAAUCCCGCUAAUGUACAAUAUAUAGACGAUAGCGCCAAUUCACACAAUUUGUUCAAAAGAGAUUCUCACAAACGAGACAAAAGAGACAACCCCGAAAAGGAAUUGGUUGAGGAAAUUAGUUCAGGCAAAAAGGACAAGCGAGGCCUUGUAGCUUUGUCGGACGGAUCUAUUGUGGAUGAAGCUUUGCUCAGUCCAGAUGUACUUGAAGACAAAGAAGACGAGAUAUUGUUCCAACAGUCCCUACUUAAUGGCUUAGCUGGCGUUGUUGGAAAUCUACCAGUUCAGAAUUUACAAAGGAAGAACGUCGAUGAGAGGGAGCCAGCAGAGGCAGAAGUAAAAGCAGUGAUGCAAGUUUGCAGCGGAUGUACCCCUGAACCUUUCAAGAAAGCACUCGUUCUCUCGUGGAGAUCAACACCUAAGAAACUUUACAGUGGAGCACACUACUAUAAGGGAUUACCUAUCUGUCGCGCAUUCUAAAUAUACAUAUACUGAAGCUUAAGUUUGUGAUGUGGAUAAAAAUUCUCAAAGAGGAUUUCAAGGUACAAAACCGCCCGACCAUUUAAAACAAAUUUCUUUUUCAGUACCGAUCAAGAUUUAUUAUUAAUUUGUUAAAGACACCGUUACAAUAAAUACCAUCAACACGUAUAUACAAUUUAAGCCAUAACUUAACCAAAUUUUAUUAUCUUUGCUAAAAACAACUAGCUAAAAAUAUUUUCUGAUCGUUAUUGUAUUAUGAUUAUAAUUUUAAUUUUAGAAGUAUUUUUAUCGUUACCCUAACUUGCUUUAAUAUUAACCUUCUUCUUUUAAUUUCCAAUUUAUCUGUUCAUUUUUUUUAUAUAUUGUUUUUAAGCCGGCGGAAAAAUAUUUUUGCAUGUACUUUAAACUUGCCAUCGCAAUUUAUUUAUUGUAGUCGUAAGAUAGUCUCGAUAACUACAUUUGUAAUUUGUUUAGUACUAGCUAUAGGAUUCUUACCAACCUGUUACCAUUUUUUUAAAUAUAUUUUUUAAAUAUCA